ACGGCUGUCAUGUUACACUUCCGGAGCUUGCGAACAAAAUAGAAUCGCCUAAGGCAAAGAAAACCCUGCGAGUGGCGAGUGUUUUAAGAUCACACUCACAAACAACAUCCAAAGUGGUUAGUGGCAGUUGAGAGAGUGCCCGAGAAGACCCCCGAAGAACAGCAGGGAAAACGGAUAUUUAGUGGCGGCACUCGCAACCACACAACACCACCACCAACAGCAACAACAUCAGCAGCAGCCUCGCUCGCUUUCCCGCUUUUCGUUUAACUAAAAUAAAAACAACCAAGAUAAACGAUGGCCGAUGCAGAGAAUAAGCCACUGGCCGCUGAGCAGCAGCCAAAUCAGCAGGAGCCGCAGAAUCUGCAGGAGCAGGACCUCGAGCAGGAGCCGCAGGACGAGCAGCAGCUGCAGGGACAGCAAGGCAAGCCCGCUCCGCCGCCUAAGGAAGUGAUUGCCACCAAAGUCACCGGUACCGUCAAGUGGUUCAACGUGAAGAGCGGCUACGGCUUCAUUAACCGCAAUGACACCAAAGAGGACGUCUUCGUGCACCAGAGCGCCAUUGCCCGGAACAAUCCGAAAAAGGCGGUCCGCUCGGUGGGCGACGGUGAAGUCGUUGAGUUCGACGUGGUCAUUGGCGAGAAGGGCAACGAGGCGGCCAACGUGACCGGUCCGUCCGGCGAGCCGGUGCGGGGCAGUCAGUUUGCGGCCGACAAGCGCCGUAGCUUCCGUCCCUGGAUGAAGAGGAACCGCCGCAAGGACGGCGAGGUUGAAGGCGAAGAGCAGGAGACGCCGGCCCAGCAGCAGCAGCCGCCGCCAUCGUCCGUUGACGGGCAGCAGCAGCUGCAGUCCGGCCCGCGUCAGCCCCGUCAGAACUUCCGUCGCGGCCCACCCGGUGGACCGCCCGGCGGACCUCGUGGUGGACCCCGAGGACCGGGCGGACCUCCUGGUGGCCCCCGGCGUUACAACAACUACUAUCCGCGUCAACCGCGUCGCGGCCUAGGCGGCGGCGAUGGCAGUGCCGAGCCAGGCGUUCACGAUCAGAAUCCGGAGGGUCUGCAGCAGGGACAAGGACCGCGUCGCGGACCCGGUGGCCCACCAGGUGGACCUCAGAGGCGCUUCUUCCGACGCAACUACAACAAUGGACCACCACCACCACGUCGCGAUGGCGGGGAAUACAUUCAAGGUCAGGGACCGCCACGCCCUCAACAGCCACGUCCACGUCGCCAGAAUCGGAAACCAAAUGGCCCUGGCGGUGGUUUGGAGCAGCAGCCACAGCAGAACGGCGCUCAAGAGCUGCAAAAUACAACCACAGAGAGCACUGCAUAAAGAGGACCGUCGAACAGUCGUAAAACAUCAGCAGUAGCAGCAGCACAUAACAGCAAUCGCAGCAGCAACAACAUCAACAUCAGCAAUCGCUGCAAAUUGGAGCAACAACAUCAGCAAAUAGCGCAGCACUUUGCUUAUUGAGCCGCCGCGUUUUUUUCGGUUUGUUUGCUUUUUGUUUUGUUUUGUAGGGCAAGAGUGUCAAAAGACCGACAUACACCAUCCAAUAUAACAGCAACAUGAAAACCACAACCAAAAAAAAAAAAUUCUAAAACCAAAUUCUAUCAUGCCUGGCCUUCGAAAAUUGCAUAAACGUCGAAUUGUAUUAUAUGAACCACAUCAACAAAAAUAAAUUCAAAUACGCUCAGCAAUUAGGCAGCAGCGCCUACAUACAAUUACCUUAAUGUUUAUUUAAAACUUAAUUUAUUUUUGAAACCCCUCUCGAACGUUGUUAUGUUGUGCGUUACGCGAACCUUUAACAUUAAGUUUCUCGUAUUAAAGAUCAACAUUUCACAUUUA